CCUCGUCCUACUCAUCCAUAGAGCCUUGCUCAUCUUCUUCUUCCUCUUCGCGUAUACAGAGCUAAGCCUCACCCAGACCCACAUCCAGGUCUCAGCUUUAGCUCCCAGCUCCAGCUCUCGAAGCUUGAGCACAUCUCGCAAACUACAGCUCCCGCUCCACACUAAGCGCAGCUCACACUACAGCAAUGGCAUUCGGCGACCGAGGAGGACGAGGCGGAGGUGCACGAGGUGGUUCCAGAGGUGGCAGGGGCGGUGGCGGUGACCGUGGCGGCCGUGGCGGCUUCGGCGGUGGUCGUGGUGGAGGUCGUGGUGGCUCCUCUUUCGGUGGACGAGGCGGCGGCAGGGGUGCUCCCCGUGGAAGGGGCGGAGACCGUGGUCGUGGUGGUGACCGCGGCCGUGGUGGUCGAGGUGGUCGAGGUGGUGCAGCUGGUCGUGGUGGCGCCAAGGGUGGAUCCAACGUCAUCGUCAAGCCUCACCGACAUGCCGGUAUCUUCAUCGCAGAGGGCAAGGAGCACCUUCUCGUCACCCGCAACAUCUCUCCUGGUGAAUCCGUCUAUGGAGAAAAGCGAAUCUCAGUCGAAGGAGCUCCUACCGAGGAGGGAGGUGCACCUACCAAGGUCGAGUACCGAGUUUGGAACCCCUUCCGAUCCAAGCUCGCAGCUGGUGUUCUAGGUGGAUUGGACCACAUCCACAUUGCUCCCGGUUCUAAAGUCCUCUACCUGGGUGCUGCCUCUGGAACAUCCGUCUCUCACGUAGCCGACGUAGUAGGACCCGAAGGAACCGUCUACGCUGUUGAGUUCUCUCACCGCUCGGGACGAGACUUGAUCGGUAUGGCCAAGAAGCGGACAAAUGUCAUUCCCAUCAUUGAGGAUGCCAGGCAUCCCCAAAAGUACAGACUGCUCCUACCCAUGGUCGACACCAUCUUUGCCGACGUUGCCCAACCAGACCAAGCUCGAAUCGUGGCACUCAAUGCUUCUCAUUUCCUCAAGAAUGGAGGUCACGCCGUCAUUUCCAUCAAGGCAUCUUGCAUCGAUUCUACAGCCGUACCUGAAGCAGUUUAUGCUGGAGAGGUAAAGAAGUUGGUAGAAUCGGAAUUCAAACCAAGGGAACAAUUGACAUUGGAACCUUAUGAGAGGGAUCACGCUAUGCUCGUUGCAACAUACAGGCCGAAUGCUGCCGUUGCCAAGUAAAGGAACUUGGAACUUGCCGAUGCACAUUCUCUCAAGGGUGGCAGUAGUAGCUGAGGUUGGAUUGGAUUGGAUUGGUUGCGGUCCUCCUUGUUGUCAUGUUUUUUAGUUAGUACUUCUCUUCUCGCUUCGCUUUGCAUCCUAUUCCAUUGCCCGAUCAAUAAUCGUCUGCUUGCUCGCU